AUGUACAAAUCGACCGAGGGCUUGAGAGGACAGACGAAGCCCGCCAAGGAGGAACCAGGCUGCAGGGUUGAACGACCGUUGACCCGCUUUUUUCGGGAAGCCUUGCAUCCGUCCUGCCUCGAGGAGACCGUUUCAGAACGAGGCUCCGUGGGGCCAAGGGCCACGAACCGCCUGAACAUAUACCGACGGGGUGGGCAACCGUCCGGCCGAGCCACUGUAUGCCAAGUCAGGCCCACGGCAACAGGCUACGAGACUGAGGUCACGUCGGGAGAUGGGCAAGUUGCCUAUUUCCGUCAUCACCGAAUGCAUUUGACGACCUGGUAA